AAGAUGGCGGUGGUACUGGUGGUGCCCUCGCCUUGGCUCAAGAUCCGUGGCUGCCUUCGGGGCUGGUUGGGACUACUCCGUAACCAGAGUCCUCCUUGGGCUCCUGCUUUAGCUGUGCAGGGUCCAGCUUCUUUGCUCGAGCCUAUGGGAGAGAAGGCUGAAAGCGAUGAGACACCAAGCUUUCUAGACAACGUAUUUUGGAUGGCAGCCCCAAAGUCAAGGCGGACCAUUGAGGUGAAUCGCUGCAGGCGAAGGAAUCCUAGAAACCUUUUAAAAGUUAAGAGAAACAUCGAUCUUUGUCCCCAGUGCGGUCAUGUCAAGCAGAAGCAUCUUCUUUGUGGCUAUUGUUACAAAAAGGUGAGAAUGGAGACGACUGCCAUAAAAGCCCAAAUAAAGGUCCAGGAAGGAGGACCGCACAGAGCUCCUACCGUAGAGUCCGUUGUCCUGUAUGAAGGAGAGAAGCCCAGAGAGCAAGAUGAAGGGAAGCGGAUCAUCGAACGACCAAGGAAACGCCCAUCUUGGUUCACUCUGGACUGACGAUUUAGCACCGUGGAUUCUCGGGUUACAAACUACUUGAUUCUUCAGGGGGGAAAAUUGAAAGGAAUGUAUCUUUAAAAUGUACUAACUCUAAAACAUGUUAAGGGCUUUUUAAUACGGCAUUACAGUCCAGUUGUUCUUUGUUUCUUCCAUUAAAGUCUUAAUGGUAUGAUAGUUGGAGAAAUUUAAGUAGUAUAAUCUGGUUUGCCAACAUAGCUACUGUGAUGACAUGUCACAUGUCUAAAGUGAGUGAUGCAAGACAUUAUUUUGCAGGACUGGAUUCUUAGUACAUAUAUAUUUGGUGUCGUACACCACUGUACAUUGUAAGUGGCCCGUUGUGGAGAUUUAUUUUUAAGUCCAUGCGUAAACGGCAUUUGAAAGUACAAUAAACCAUUUCAG